UAGACAUGGCAAUAAACAAUUUGACGGGAAUGAUCCCACAUUGUCUUGGCAACAUGAGCGGCAUGAUCAACUUGAAUCAAACCAAUUCAUUUGGAUAUGUGGCUGUCGCUCCUAUACAAGAUAUAAUUUUCUUGACAUUCAAAGGCUACGGUAUGGCUUGGGGUCGAGAGUACGUGGUUGAGAUCUUAAAGGGAAGAUAUAACGAGUACACCAAAAUUGUUCUGCAACUUGUGGUCAAUUUGGAUCUCUCUAGCAACUUUUUGAAUGGGUCAAUCCCCGAAGAACUUUCUUUCCUCUCAAGAUUGCAUGGCUUGAACUUGUCUCACAACCAUCUCUCUGGAGAUAUUCCCAUUGGCAUUGGGAAUAUGAGGUCGCUCGAGUCUCUGGAUCUUUCAAACAACCAUCUCUCAGGGAUAAUUCCACAAGGCAUUUCAGCAUUAACAUCCCUAGCUCACCUCAACUUGUCGCAAAACAACCUUAUGGGGCAGAUUCCAAAAGGGAAUCAAAUCCAAACACUCGACGAUCCUUCCAUUUAUGCUAGCAAUCCUCUACUAUGUGGUGAUCUUUUGAGAAAGAAAUGCCUCAGCGCCGAGACGCCUCAACCACAGAAAGUCCCUCACCCUAAAGAUACACAUCAGCUUGAUCAAAUGUUGUUCUAUGCGGUCAUAAUGCUUGGAUUUGCGAUUGGAUUCUGGGGCUUUUUCGGAGUUUUGCAGUUCAAGAAGGAUUGGAGACGAGCAUAUUUCAACUUUGCGGACCAAGCAGCACACAAGACAUAUGUGGCUAUUAUAGUGAAAGUAGCCAAGUGCAAGAAAUUAGCAAUCUUGUGCCCUCUCCUCUGCCUUUAG